CCUCUAGGCCAUUCUGAUAAACCCAGUGCCGUGCUUUGUCGACCGAUCAUCCAACUCCACAGUUUUGUGCCGCGUGUGUCUCCGUGAUGAAGUUCCUGCUGCUUGCACUGUCCGUGUUCAUGCUGGUGACUGCCAGCACGGCACAGUCCUCCAAACCGGCCGCUGUCGUACAGAUGCAGAUGACGGUCGGUAAGCUGCUGAUGCUGGUGCGAGAUCUUUCCGUCGCCAACAAUGCCUUCGCGAAGGACACCGAAGAUCAGGCGGCGCUAAACACUCUCUACACCACCUCGGAAGAUCUGUACCAACUGCUGCCAGUGUUUGGCACGUCGAGCACCUCCACGCUGCCGCUGGUCACGCGGGAAAGGGUGAACAGAGCGAUAACCAGCUUUAAGGACGCUCUCACUAACUGGGAAACAGCCAUGGAUGAGCGCUCCGCCCCGAAUCUACUGAGCACGUUCAAGGCGGUUGAGAAUGCGUUCCUGAGUUAUGGUGCAGUUGUUUUCUCGCUGUAAGAUAUUGCAGAUGACUUUGUGUAAAAAUUAUAAUAAAUGCACUAGAUUAAGUUUAGUGCAGUUGUAAAAAGA